AGCGGCGUCAGCUGGCGGAACCAGCGACACUCGAACCCCGCUGCGGUGUGGCCGAGUCGAGCCGAGCCGGACCGAGUCGAGCCGAGCCGGACCGAGCCGGACCGGACCGAGCCAUGCCCGUGAGGAAGAGAGACGCCCAGCGAGCGCUGCUGCUGCUGGAGGAGUACCGGACCAAGCUGAGCCACACGGAGGACCGGCAGCUCCGACACUCCAUCCAGAGGGUCAUCGACAUCUUCCAGAGCAACUUGUUCCAGGCUCUCAUAGACAUCCAGGAGUUUUAUGAAGUGACCUUAUUGGACAGUCACAGAUGGACGGAGACGUCCAAGGGGGCGGAGCCACUGCCGCCCGUCAACCUGUGGGACUUCUCCAGCCUUCAGAGCACGACGGUGACGUCGGACACGCUGCCGAGCCUCAGCACCAGCAUUGAGGACUGCCCCCUCCUACACGAAAUCCUGCACACGCUGGCGCAGGCAAAACGCUCGCCUGGCCGCCGCCACGCACACAAGUACAGGCACCAGGACGAGGACUCGUCCCCUCAGGACCAGAGCUCCCCACAGCUGACGGAGGAGGGGGCGGGGCCCGAGCUGGUCCAGGUCGCAGAGAAGAGCCUCUCCCAGGUCGAGAGCAUCCAUGGCUUCGUCAGCCACGCCCACAUCUCACCUAUGAAGGCGUCUCUGGACUGCAUCCUUGACGGUUCAUCUGCGUUAGGACAGCAGCACCCGGAGCUCCCCUCCCCCACGUCCUCCACCCUCUACCCCCACGGAGACGACAGCCCCUCCCCUUCCUGCUCCUCCAACCCCUACCCCCCGAUCCAGCAGGUCGAGGCUCCGCCUUCCUCCAUAAUCCCUGUGAUCCCAAUCUCACCAAUCCCAGCAGAGACCACCGUCAUCCCACCGACCUCAAAGGCCAACCCUCCCCCCGUGGUGGUGAACACCGACAGCCUGGACACGCCCCCUUACGUGAACGGGACGGAGGCCGACUAUGAGUACGAGGAGAUCACGCUGGAGAGGGGCAACUCGGGUCUGGGCUUCAGCAUCGCCGGCGGAACAGACAACCCUCACAUCGGUGAAGACCCCAGCAUCUUCAUCACCAAGGUCAUACCUGGAGGGGCCGCCGCCCAGGACGGACGGCUCAGGGUCAAUGAUGUCAUCUUGAGAGUGAACGAGGCGGACGUCCGAGACGUGACCCACAGCCGAGCCGUGGAGGCUCUGAAGGAGGCGGGCUCUCUGGUGCGACUCUACGUGCGGCGGAGGAAACCGGUGUCGGAGAAACUAAUGGAGCUCAAACUGGUGAAAGGACCGAAAGGUCUGGGCUUCAGCAUCGCAGGCGGAGUCGGGAACCAGCACAUCCCCGGAGACAACAGCAUCUACGUCACCAAGGUCAUCGAAGGUGGAGCCGCACACAAAGACGGGAGGCUGCAGAUCGGAGACAAGCUGCUGGCUGUGAACAGUGCUUGUCUGGAGGAGGUGACCCAUGAACACGCCGUCACUGCCUUGAAAAACACUCCUGACGUCGUCUACUUGAAAGUGGCUAAACCCAACAGUGUCUUCAUGAACGACAGCUUUGCGCCGCCCGACCUCACCAACUCGUUCUCGCAGCACAUGGAAAAUCAUAUCAGCCCCCCCAACUUCCUCAGCCAGCCGCCGCUGCCGCCGCCGCCCGCCUCCUCGGGACGCUACUCCCCGACCCCCAAGAGCAUGCUGGGAGACGAUGAUGUCACCCGGGAGCCCAGGAAGGUGGUGCUGCACCGCGGAGCGACGGGUCUCGGCUUCAACAUCGUUGGAGGAGAAGACGGAGAAGGAAUCUUCAUCUCCUUCAUCCUCGCUGGAGGACCAGCUGAUCUGUGUGGAGAGCUGAGGAAGGGAGACCGCCUGGUGUCCGUGAACGGGGUCGACCUGCGGAACGCCACCCACGAACAGGCGGCCGCUGCCCUGAAGAACGCCGGGCAGACGGUGACCAUCAUCGCCCACUACAGGCCAGAGGAGUACAGUCGCUUCGAGGCCAAGAUCCACGACCUGCGGGAGCAGAUGAUGAACAGCAGCAUCAGCUCAGGGUCCGGAUCUCUGAGGACCAAUCAGAAGAGGUCGCUAUACGUCAGAGCUUUGUUUGACUAUGAUAAGACCCGGGACUCGGGUCUCCCCAGUCAGGGGCUGAACUUUAAGUUCGGUGACAUCCUCCACGUGGUGAACGCCUCAGAUGACGAGUGGUGGCAGGCCCGUCAGCUGACGGCGCAGGGCGAUGUGGAGGAGGUGGGAGUGAUCCCCAGCAAGAGACGAGUCGAGAAGAAGGAGCGAGCAAGACUGAAGACGGUGAAGUUCAACGCCAAGUCUCGAGAGCGAGGGCAGUCUCUCAAUGACAAGCGUAAAAAGAACCUCUUUUCACGAAAGUUUCCGUUCUACAAGAGCAAAGAGGCAAGCGAGCAGGAGACCAGCGACGUCGACCAACACGUGACCUCAAACGCCAGCGAUAGUGAGAGUAGCUACCGUGGACAGGAGGAGUACGUUUUGUCGUAUGAACCCGUCGUUCAACACGAAGUCAACUACACUCGUCCCGUCAUCGUCCUCGGCCCCAUGAAGGAUCGGAUCAACGACGACCUCAUCUCAGAGUUCCCCGACAAGUUUGGAUCCUGCGUCCCGCAUACGACCCGACCGAAGCGAGACUACGAGGUCGACGGCAGAGAUUAUCACUUCGUGGUGUCGAGGGAGCAGAUGGAGAAAGACAUCCAGGACCACCGGUUCAUCGAGGCGGGACAGUACAACAACCACCUGUACGGGACGAGCGUCCAGUCAGUGCGAGAGGUCGCCGAGAAGGGGAAACACUGUAUCCUGGACGUGUCGGGAAACGCCAUCAAGCGCCUGCAGCUGGCUCAGCUUCAUCCCAUCGCCGUCUUCAUCAAACCUCGGUCGGUGGAGAACAUCAUGGAGAUGAACAAACGUCUGACGGACGAACAAGGACGGAAAACCUUCGACCGAGCCACGAAGCUGGAGCAGGAAUUCACCGAGCACUUCACAGCCGUCGUGCAGGGCGACACUCUGGAGGAGAUCUAUGAUCAGGUGAAGCAGAUCAUCGAGGAGCAGUCGGGUCCGUUCAUCUGGGUUCAGUCCAAGGAGAAGUUGUGAAGAACAGACGCUCCUCUUCCUCCUCUUCCUCCUCCUCCUCCUCCUCCUCCUCCUCCUCUUCCUCCUCUUCCUCCUCCUCUUCCUCCUCCUCCUCUUCCUCCUCCUCCUCCUCCUCCUCCUCCUCUUCCUCUUCC